UGUGUACGCAGAAUUGAAGACAAUUAACCCUGAUACUGGAGAAAUAAAGAUGGCGGAACAGUUCAAGGUUCUGGAAAAACAGAAGCGGGUACUGGGUGAUUCAGAUUUUUCCUGUGCCCGAGAUCCAGAGAACAUUGCCAAAAACCGAUCACAGGACGUUCUGGCAGCGGACUCCUGCAGAGCAAUCCUCUCCACGCCGGUGAAUGGCAGGAAUGAUUACAUAAACGCCGUCUUUCUUCCGGCUUACCAAAUCCCAAAGGCUUUCGUUGUCACACAAACGCCAUUGCCUGACACCGUGGUGGACUUUUGGCGACUGGUGUAUGAACAUGACAUCAUCUCCAUCGUCACACUGGACGAUGUUGACAACGUGUACGAGAAUGUAGGAAUGUACUGUCCUGAGAAAAGUGAAAACUUUGGUCCGUUUGAGGUAAAGGUGACGGAGAGCUCAGAGACAGAAUAUGUAUCCAGGCGGAAGUACGCGUUGACCUACAAGAACAUGAAAGUGUCCGACCCUAUUAAGCAUUUCCGGUGUAAGUUUUGGUCCGCCUUACAGUCUGUGGGAUCGAUACCUGCGCUUCUAGAGGUCAUCGAGGAGGUUGAUGCCACAAGACAAGAAACGGGAAGUGGACGACCUGUGCUGGUUCACUGUAGAGAUGGAUUUACACGCAGUGGAUUGUACUGCGCUGCCUCUUCUGUAAUAGCGGGCAUAAAACUGGACCAGGAAGUCGUCAUUCCACGGAUCGUUAGACAGAUGAGGUUGAAUCGGCCGGAAAUUAUCACUGAUUUGGAUCAGUUCCGAUUUCUCUUCGACGUUGUGUGGGAAUAUCUAGAUAAUUUCAGAGCCUACGCCAACUUUCAGUCUACAAAAUAAGGCAUGGUUAUCGAACUCCACUGAUACGUGCACUGCACAUAAACGCAGUUUAUGAAAGCUUUAGGUCGCUGUGUUGCAUUUUAUAAUAAUAAAUCUCAUUUUAUGGAUUGCUCCCUGUCACAUUUUGAACAAAUGAACAUAUCUGAUUCGGUUAUAGAUGUCUGGAAAGAUGUCUUUUCUGUCGUUUUUCAUACGUUGUAAGAUCUAAUAACGAAUUGUUUCCCUUUGAUUAUCCCUUUUAUAUCUGAGCAUAUGUAUAUUUCUAUAUUCAACGGCACGCUGGAGA